AUGAAAGAGCAGACACCUGACACGCCUGGAGAGCACUCGUCUAUCAGGCCCGAGAGCAAGUCCGGGGUAGCAAGUGUCUCCUCACCUGCUUCUCUUAAGAGGGACGUAUCCCCUCCUCCAAUCAAUCGCCGCCGUCAACACCACCGCAAACCCAAAACCGACAGGGGGCUCACAACAAACUCAGCGACCAAAUCAGACACGGCACAGAUUGAGGCUGGUGAAGUCGAGAUCGAGGACCAUGAAUCGUUCUUUUCCUGCAAGCUAUCGGCAGCUACGCGCCCGCAAGUGGAAGGCCAACCCAGACUAUCCCACUCCAGCUGGUUAGCCCUCUAUCGUGGCAACGUGCAUGAUAGAGGCCAUCAUUUCGUCGUGCAUCAACACGACCAUCCCGUUGCGGGAACUCAUUAUGAUCUCCGCUUGCAAUGCAAUGCUACCAGCUCGAUCAGCUUUGCCCUGCCGUAUGGUCUUCCUGGCGACCCGAACAGUCGGAGACCGAACCGCAAUGCCAUUGAGACUAGAGUGCAUAAUCUGUGGAAUCACCUGAUCGAGACUGCUUCUCAUGAGACAGGAACAAUGCUUCUGUGGGACACAGGUGAAUACGAGGUAAUCCCGUACGACACGUCUAACAAAAAAGCCAGCUCGGACGAGGCCACAGCUACCGAAGGGUCAGAAUCGGAUACAGAUAGUGAGCUUGUCACGAAGAAAGAGGCGGAAUCCGAACCACAGAGGCUCCACCGAGCUUUUAAAAAUCGCAAGAUCAAGCUCCGCCUCAACGGCACGCGCUUGCCGAAGGAUUACACCAUUAGCAUCAGACUCAUGGAGGACAAUAGCCGCGUUAGACAGCCUGACGCGCCGGCCUUCAAGCGACAAAGGACGACCAAUGGCGGCAAUACCUCUUCCAACCCGGCGGUAAAAAGAAAUUCGCAGGUACGCGAGGUCGAAACCUCGUCAGAUUCGAGCAGGGCAGCCUCUCCAUCGGCAGAGGUUGAUACCCCUAGCCCGACAGGAACAAGCUUCGACAGCCUCGAACAUUCCCUGACACGGAAGAAGCCCCCAAAACUGAAGCGAAAUGUAUCUUCUCUUCUACGCACCGCGUCUCCUCCUCCACCACGACGAGGCAAUUCAGUUGCCCAUGUGCCGCGAACAGAGUCUCCGCCAUCAUGGGACGCUACAGCCUCCUAUGCAGCUGCUCACCCGCAGUCCCAGGUGGAGAUGCCGCGUCCAGCCCUUUCAACUCAUAACCGAUCUACCACCCUUCCCAUUUCCAUGAUGUUCCUCCCCAGUCUUUCUGCUGAAACCCCUUUCCCAAGGCAGCCCGACAACGCGACCACCGAAUCCGCAGAGGACAUAAGAAUCCGCCAUUCUAACGCCUACCCCGGCGCAUCCAACAGUAUAAACUCCAUUCAUCAACGGAAGUGGUUUCUUUCCCUGGACCGCGCUGCAUGUGGCUUUCGACCUACCAAUGAAUUCGCGUUUGGGAAACGAAUUUGGGAGCGUCCGCGGCUCACGAGCACAGAUGCGGACGGGAAAAGAAAGAGCGAGCUAGGAGGAUUCAAGCCUUUCUAUGUUCGGGGACGGGAAGUAGAAACCAGUGUUUUGACGGGGAGACUUGCCGCUGAUGUCGCUCGUGAUGAGGGAUUGGUUGGAUAUAAGCCGCGAGGCGGCUGGAGGGGCAUUUUGGAUUGA